CUAGCGAUCCAGUAUUUCAAUCCCUGAUACAAACAGGGUACGACGAGGAAUACAUGGGCUCUCUUGGCCUUAUGUAAUUUCGCGUUUAAAAUUUAAUUAGCGCGACCGUACGAAAUGUUAUCAAACAUAUUUCUUCCAAAUAAAUUUGUUUACAUUUAUUUUGCUUUUCCUCGCACCGCUUGGAAGAACAAGAACGACGACCACCAGUUGGUCCGCGAACCGCUCCGUGCAAUUAUUUUUCGCGUUGCAAGUAGUCCCCGAUCGGCGUUUGCUCGGCAAUUUUACAUCGAACGGAUACGAAUGGCAACGAUCCGUUUUCGCAAGUGUUUCGCAAGCCAUCACCGGUGGCUCGGCUCUGUCACCGCUAUCGAUAUUCUUGUAUCUGCCAAUGGCUCAGAGCGAAAAAGAACCAGAAUCGAUCAAGUAACGAAAUCAACAUCGUCAACGAUCGUUAGAAAAUUCGUUCAGUUACGGUCGGUAGAUAUUUACAUUUCCAGAUUUUUUUUCCCGAUUUUUCAGAGGGAGAACUGUAGGUCGAUUAACGCGAUUAAACGAUCGAUAAGAAACGAUCGAUAAGAGUGAAUGUGAGAUCGUGAUACGAUACAGAUAUUCUUGACCCGUCUUAUCUCAUGGAAAAGAAGCUGAAAUUGGCGUGUGUCGUUUAACCGAUAAUAUUUGAUAUUCGCAUAUCGGAAAGUUCUCGUCAUUCGCAAAUCGUCGUCAUCAUCGGGAUGCACCAAACGGUAAAAAGUAAAGGCAACGCGGAUUUACCGCCGAUGACGAAACGUCGAAUAACUGACAAUGAGUAAUCGUUUGUAGAAGAAAGGUAUGUCGCGCAAAGUAUUAAAGGAAAAAGAAUGCUUAAAAAAGUAAGCUACGAGUUGAUAAAAAAAGGACAAUGACGAACAGAAUUUAUCGCUCGGUUGUUUACAGUGCGAUUAGAACGGCGAGCAAUUCUGCAUGCCUUCGAAAAACGUUCAUAUACGUAUAGUAUACGUAAAUAGUAUGGCACGCCGGCAUUCCAUAAAUUAUAAAUAACCGCGUGUGUUAUAAAUAUGACAGAGCGUGUAAUAGCGUAAGACUAGCGAACCAGCGAACUAUCCACCCUCGUGUCCCAUCCUUUCAUCGAACGCGCAACGACCGGAAAACAUCGAUCAGGCGACACAACCAACUUAAUCGUAAUAAUCCGAUGCGACGGUUCUUCGUGUAACGUGCAUCAAAUUUACAGAUUUAUCAAACACCGACACUCGUCGUUCGAUAAAGUAAUAUCUCGUUAGUCUAGUCUUAGUUACGAACGGAUUGUUCUUUCGCUCAUCAUCGAAUCUACGACCAUCGUCGUAGCAUAUGCUACUAUAUGAUGCUAGUCAGAGAAAUAUAAAUAGGCGAAUAAUAGAUAAUUACUAAUCGCAAAGUCAACAAAGUCAGAACUUGGAAAAGGACUUGAACAAAAAAUUGAAAUUGAGACAAAACGAUGCGAAGAUAGCGAUAAAUAACGACAAACAUCUCAGAUUAGAUUAAUAGAGGAGCGUGCGUUAUAGCGAUAGCGGGUACAAUGAUCCAGGAGUAAUUGAGAAUCCGGGAGGCCAAAUCGGCAAUACUUUUUCAAUUGACAUGGUGUUGGGGCGGCAUUCAGCGAUUAACAAUUACCGACAAAUUUUGACCAACUUUGACCGUCAACGUGUUUUUACAUCUCCUUCUUCCCCUCUUCCUCUACCUUGCUUCUUUACCUUCAUUGCCCUUUAAACGCGCGUAAACGUAGAACCUCUGCGUUUUACGCGUGUUUAAAAGACGUAAGAAACAAAAAGUCAAGAUUGUUGCUCCAAACCUAAACGCUGAAAGAUAUUAUCCCUUCCUACGGCACUGUUGUUCGCUCAUCUGUUGUCCGCUCAUCCGUUGUCCACGAUCUUUGGCGAUCGACAAAUAGCACUGGUUCGCUUAUAUAACGAGAAGCUGGAAAAUAAGACUUUAUACAGGAUGCGAUUAUUCGAACACGUGCUUCCAACGCGUCAACUAUCCACAAAAAUUAUAGGUGCGCCUACAAUGUCAAAAAUGACAUGUCAUUUCGUCGCACACAAUGCGAACGAGCAAUGUUAACAACCAGCAAACUUAAUCCGUAAUGAGAGGAAAGAAUCGACGGUCUUUGAGAAUUUUAAAUGUUUAUCUACGAUCUAGAUAGCUUCCAUUCCCAAGUGGGAUUUAUAUUCGUUAUAGACUACAGGUUUCUCGCGUUGAUCGAUCACUUUCGUUCAAGGUAAGACGACAGUGCUUCGCUUCCAUUUACAAUUCGAUCCGCGAAAAUGAAUCAGUGCGUGGGUUAGUCGAGAGCUACAGAGAGAAAGAGAGAGAUGAAAAUGUACCAAUCGCUUGUGUUUUCAACGACGAAACCAUCAGUGCCUCGGUUGCUAUUUCACGGAUAUAAGCACGACGACGUUCCCAUGACACGACAUUUAUCGAGAUUCAUCGACGGCUCGCAGAGGCAAGAUUUUUAGGUCAGACAGAAUUCUCCUUGGAAAAAUCGAGUUCGAAGGCCCUGGCGAUCAUAUAACGCUCGACUGAUGAAAAAGUGAUUCAAAGAAACACCGAUCGUAAAGGGAUAACUAGUGGUCGAUAAAGAAAAGGAUACUUGCAGACCUCGACUGCGUGUAUUGCACCCUGUGCCCCGUGCCCCGUGCCCCGUGCACCGUUCACCGUGCUUCAUGCUCCUUACGGUGCAGCGCAGCGCAGCGCAGUGCAGUGCAGCGCAGUGCAGCGCAGUGCAGUGCAACGCAGCGCAACGCGGCGCAGCGCAGCGCACUGCAACGCAGUGCAGCGCAGUGCAGCGCAGUGCAGCGCAGUGCAGCGCAGUGCAGCGCAGUGCAGUGCAGUGCGCACGAUGAUGUCUCUCGUAACGGCGGUCAUCAUAUCAGGAUAAAUACCAUGUUUAACACCUUCGGACGGUUACCUGGCAAUGUACAUUCCUUUUUCCAACGUAUCCAGAUCGAAAUAUCGGAAACAUAUUUGUCAAGGCCAACAACUAGUAACCAAUAACGCAACGAUGCGACGAUUCGAUGUUUAAUUAACAAUAAUUCCUACACCAUAUGGAGCCAUAUGGAAUAUAAAUAUAUGAACGCCCUGAUUAUUUACCGUAGAGGUGAAAUAAUCGCGAUAAAGUGCUCUAUCUAUUACGGUGCUAAUGAAAUUUCAAAAUGUUUCCUGCGACACGUUAGAAUAAACGGUAAAAUAAACGUCAAAUAACGGCUGUUGUACGGCUGACGAAUAUGCAUAUUAAUAUGCUGCUAUUAAUAUGCAUAAUACAAUAAUAUACGUGCUUAGUUUCUUGCUUCUUUAAUUAUGACCAUCUACCUAUAUAGUAGAUAUAUUUAGUCAGUCACUUACAUACAGCCGACUGUUUGUUUGUUUGUCAAUAAUAGAAACGUUCGUUGAAAAAUUGCGCUUGUUGUUGUCAGAUCAAUUAAGCAGAUGAAUCGCGUUGACAAGGAACGAAUUUUUUCUCGUGCAAGCACGUUCGUCGUCCGUCCAAUAUCAACUACAGCUAGGAUGCGAACCUGUUUGCACGUUACGCGCGUUCUUAUUAAUCGCAACCGUUGAGCAGGAAAAUCGAGCCUUUUGUCGCGAACGCGCAAUAUAAUUGCAGCUUUUAUUGGCAAACGCGUGGACAGUACGUAACCCGAUCAUCGUCUCGAAUCUCGCGGAUCAAAGACUCGAUUGUAUCGCGAGCUUCGUUAGACGCGGUUUUAGUCGAGAUAAGGUUCGUCCGUCACAGCGAGCAGUUUGUAUUCGCGGGACAACUCCGCUAAAGCAGCAAGCCAGUAAACAAGAUUCACAGUGGCGAAAUCCAGUAGCGGAACAUCCUUGCACCGAGACAGAGGGACAGAGAGACAGAGAACUGCCGUCGAUAAAAGUGAUUUACGAUCCUUGAGCUGACUGUCGGCGUGAUACGAGGUUACCGUGAGAAUCCGCGUUCUGCUCGCAUUCUACUCUCCGAACACGUUGUAGAUCGUUCGUCGAACGAGGAAUGGGCCAUUGGGUCGAACGUGCUACGUACUAUCACCGGGGGACGUAACAUAAUCGAGAUUGAACGAAAAGGAGGGAAACUUGAACACUCGGCUUGUCAAGUCCUACAUUUAAUAUUUACAACUUAUUAAUAUAAGUGUAACUACCAAAGAUAAAAUUCGUGCGACGCGAUGAUCACUCGAGCGAAACUGUGGUGGAAGGUGGCAUGCUCUGGUCAGAAGAAAGCGAUAUUCGCUGGCCUGGCGGCGCAUUCUGGACAAAUAUCCGUGGGGCUUGGUCAAGGAUUCAGCGCGAUUCUAGUGCCGAAACUGUUGGCCAGUCACUCGGCGAACGCCGAUGAGACGUCUUGGAUCGCUGCCCUAGGUGUCAUCUCGAAUCCUUUGGGCUCGUUAAUCGCCGGACUAUGCGCAGAGUGGUUCGGAAGAAGAUCGGCUAUCGCGUUGGCCAGUUUGCCUCAUGUCGUUGGAUGGUUGUUGAUAGCGUUGGCGAAAAACUUGCCUCUGUUAUACGUGGGCAGAUUCGUCAGUGGAAUCGGCAUGGGCAUGGCAAACGGCCUAUACCUUUACGUCAGCGAGGCCGCCGCACCAAACCAGAGAGCCUGGCUGGGAAGCUGUGGCCCAGUUUUAGUUUCGCUCGGUGUCCUCAUGAUCUACUCGUUGGGAGCGUUCACCACGUGGGAAACUGCCGCUGCCAUCAGUAUAGCACCUGCUAUACUCUCGCUGGCACUAACGCGUAUGAUCCCGGAAACACCGAGUUGGCUUGUCGCUCGAGGACGAAACGAGGAAGCGAAGGAAUCCUUGUUGUGGCUACGAGGCUCUGGCCUAACCACCGACAGAGAGUACGAGGAACUUUGCGAGGCAAACGUGAAAAGAGAAGAGGGAAAGGAGAGUCUGUUGAAAGCUCUUCACAUGCCAAGCGUGUGGAAGCCUUUCCUCGUGCUGUGCGCUUUCUUCGCGCUCCAGCAAAUGUCGGGCAUCUAUAUAAUCCUCUUCUACACGGUCAGCAUCCUCGAGGAGAUCGGUAUCGACCUGAACGAGUAUUCCGCGAGCGUUGGAAUCGGUGUGAUCAGGUUGUUCGCGUCGAUAGCCGGCGCUGGUUUAGCCAACAGCUUUGGCAGAAAAGCGCUAGCCUUCGUCAGUGGCUUGGGAAUGGCGAUCUCUGCCGUAGGCGUUGCUCUCUCCUACAGGUUCAAAUUGCCAUCGGUGGUAUCCUUGGCGUGCAUCGGAGGCCACGUAGGCUCCUCUAUGAUAGGAUUUCUCACUCUGCCAUGGGUCAUGACCUCCGAACUCUAUCCGCUAAGGUUCAGAGGAUCUUUAGGAGGCAUCACUACUAGUAUCGUACAAAUGUUAACGUUCGCAACCAUCAAAAUGUAUCCUAAUCUGCAACCGAUAGUUGGAAUCGAGUGGUUCAUGUGGACGUUCGCCGUAGCUUCUAGCUUAGGAGCCGCAUUCGCCCUCACCAUCCUCCCCGAGACCAGAGGUCGGAGCCUCGACGAAAUAGAAAACGGAUUCUCCAGAAAGCUCGCGACAGACCCGCCCGCCAAUGUCCAGCCAACAGCCACCAUCUCUCUUCAACCUAAUAACAUCACGCUCGAGAAAUUUGCCUCGAUCCCCGAGGAGAAGCAUCGCAAUAUCACGACAAACGCGUACGCUUAUGACAAUUUCUGCAUCGACUUAACCGCUGACCAUAUAGAAAAGAACAAAAGGGAAGCUGCCAAUGAUUCCGAAGCGAACCGUCAUCAUCUUACUCGCGCCGUCUCGUCCGAGCACGUGUAUUUCUAGCAGUCAUCGAACCUCCCUUAUCCAUCCACCCUCUUUUUCCAACCACCCCGAUAUCUCCAUAGAAACCGGCCCCCUUUUACGCUUUUCCACCAAUCAACACACCUUCUUCCUUUCUCUUCCAUCUACCAUCCUUGCCGUACCUAAUCUUAUUCUUUUUUCCAACGUUUUUUCCAACGUUUCCCGCCAUUUGCGCACAAAUUACAGCCAAUGGCCAAUAGUUUGCGCAGUUUCCAACUAGACCCGGACCAAUCAGUAUCGAGAAAACCACGACAAAUUUCACCACCUAAAUACCCUCUUUGUCCAAUCGUCGAGUAGAAUAGUCGAAACGAGCAGCCGGCAAUUCAGUACACCUAAAAGGAACGACCAUUUUCCUUCAUUCAACAUACUCUCUGUGUACCGGCUUCUCUAAUUACUUUUCUAUAUAUAUAUAUAUAUGUAUAUAUAUAUAUAUAUAUAUAUAUAUAUAUAUAGGUAUACAUAUACGUUUAUAUUUAUGAAAUAUCCCUGCUACGUUCAAAUAUCUCCGAAUCAAUUCGCUGCGCUAUAAGUCCACAUACUUGUAAAUAUAAUUUUAUUCCUGCAAAGUGUAUA